AUUUACUUCCAAAAGAGAAGAAUGUCAAUGUUGCGCAGUUUUAAAGUUUUGGCGCCAAAAUUUCCGGUUGCGCUGACCGCAGCAACUAGAAAUCUCUCACGAGGGGUGGUCAGAAAUAAAGCUCUGCAGAAUUGGUCGAGGCCCAGCAUUGACGAACUUCUCGUUCCAAAGAACUCCUGGCAACAAGUACAUGCUAGAAACCAGAAACGUUACAACGCUCAGUUGCUUUUUGGAUCUAUGGUGUUCGGUGGGACUGUGUUUGCUGCGAGUAUAAUAAUAAAUUUCAAUCCAAUUCCGAAAUUCCUGAGAUCUGUUAAAAUUGUAACAAUAACACCAAAAUUAGACAAAGAAAUCAGUUCGGAUGCUGUAGAAGACCUAAGUGAUGAGACUGUUCUGGAACAUGAAGAUCUGGUUGAACUGGGAACCCAUGAAACCGCAGAUGCAGUCCCGUCCCACCAUGAACCCGAAAUGGCCGUUAGUAUGGUUGACCGGUCUGUAGCUGUAGCAGUGAAUGCUGUUGAGAGAGCUGCAGCAGCUCGUGCUGAUGUUGAAGAACCCAAGGAGAAGCUUCCAACCCUUCAGCAGCUUCCUGCAGAAGUUCAAUAUCUUCUAGUCGGAGCAGGAACUGCCAGCUUUGCUGCUUUUAGGGCAAUCAAAUCCAGAGACCCUACAGCUAAGAUUCUUAUAAUUGGUGAUGAAGACAGAUUACCCUACAUGAGGCCACCUCUGAGCAAGGAACUAUGGUUUGUUAGUGAUGCAGCCGCCAAGCAAGAACUUAAAUUUAAACAGUGGAACGGCAGAGAACGAAGCCUGUAUUUCGAGCCUAAUGCAUUUUAUACUCCGCUUAAUGAACUUGAUGAAUCUAAGAAUGGAGGUAUAUCUGUGGCGACAGGAAGAAAGGUUGUGAGGAUAGACACAGAAAAUCAGGUGGCACAUUUGUCCGACGGUGCUAAAAUUAAAUAUGGAAAAUGUUUACUUGCCACAGGUGGAAUCCCGAAAACUCUGCCUGUCCUGGCGUCCUCGGCUGAGGAUGUUUUGUCCUCUAUAACUAGGUUUAGGACGGUCGAGGACUUUCAUAAACUUGACGCCGUCCUCAAUACUGCCAAAUCUGUAACAAUCCUCGGUGGUGGAUUUCUCGGCAGCGAACUGGCAUGCGCUUUCGGUCAACGCGCUAAGGCCGGCAUUCUAGAGGUGAACCAGGCCUAUCAGGAGGCAGGCAAUAUGGCAAAGGUUUUGCCUGAAUACCUGUCUGAGUGGACUACAGAGAAAGUAAAAUCUGAGGGUGUAAAUGUUAUUCCAAACUCAAGAAUAAAGGGAAUCAAAAGAGCAUCAAACGGCAGGUUGUUGGUUGAUCUAUCUACGGGGGCUGUAGAGACAGACCAUGUUGUUGUUGCUGUUGGAGUUGAACCAGAUAGCCAGUUAGCUGGAGCUAGUAAUAUACAGGUUGACUCUGAGCAUGGUGGAUUUAUGGUGAAUGACAAGUUUGAAGCUGCCCCUAAUCUCUGGGUGGCGGGGGAUGCUGCUGCCUUCCUUGAUCCUCAACUGGGUAGAAGGCGUGUUGAGCAUCAUGACCAUGCUGUUGUAUCUGGUAGAUUAGCUGGAGAAAACAUGACAGGGGCUGAUAAGUCCUACACUCAUCAAUCUAUGUUCUGGUCGGAUCUUGGUCCUGAUGUAGGCUAUGAGGCGAUAGGAAUUGUGGACUCUAAGCUCCCCACUGUUGGAGUUUUCGCCAAACAAACAGAAACUGAUACUCCUAAGGCGGUGGUGACUAAAUCUGGAGAAUCUGAUAGAUCUAUAUCUGAGGAAAAGGCUCAGGUUCCUGUAGUUAGCAAUAUACAAACCCCUGAUGGUGAAGAUUACGGGAAAGGGGUCAUUUUCUACCUCAAGGAGAACAAGAUAGUUGGUGUACUGCUCUGGAACGUGUUCAACAGGAUGAAUAUUGCCAGGAGGGUAUUGAAGGAGGGUAAGAGCUAUGAUGAUUUGACCGAAGUGGCGAAGCUCUUUAACAUUCACGGAGCAGAGUAAAGAGCGUGAAGGGAGUAAAGGGAGUGAAGGAAGUGAAGGGAGUGAAGGGAGCAAGACAAGUAGAGGGAGUAAUGUAACUUACAACUACGAAAUCUAGUUAUGAAAAUUAAAAAAACGUCAUAUAAAAUGAUUCUAUUAUAAUCAUAGUUAAUCCAACAUCUUUCUCACAAAAAUUGUAAUAAAUAUCAAAAUUAGACAAAUACGAUAAAAUUGAUGCUAUUUUUUAUAUUUUUUACAACUUCUAUGUACUAUGCAACAAAAAUUAUUAAGUGUUACAAUAUUAGCUCCUCUUACUCCUCUUAGCUUGGCUCGAAAUUUAAUUGUUAUAUCUGGUCGGAAUAAAAUAAAGAACUAAUUAAA